UCUAAAUGAUCUUUUUAUUAAAGAGUCUCUAGAUUUUAUGUGUCUGACUGAGACGUGGCAGCAAAAUAAGGAUUAUGUCCACUUGAAUGAAAUCUGCCCGUCUGGCUGUUCUGUCAUUGGAACUCCGCGUCUGUCAGGACGUGGUGGAGGACUCGCUGUUGUUUACCAGGACAGACUCACAUGCAAUCUGAUGACCUCGGACUUCUUUUCUUCAUUUGAGUCACAGAUGAUGAAGAUUACUAACACCACUAAGGAUGCUGAAAUUGAGCACAACGUAGCUUUCCCUAAUCGACUGUAUCGCCAGACGUCCAAAGCAACAGCUGAGGAUAAACUGGCUUUCACAAUUCAGAUUCUGAAUGACCUGUUUGCCCUGUUUGAGAAGAAUCGCAGCUCUGCACCAUGGGAGGAGAACACAGUGGAGAACUUUCUCAAUAUUGUCCACAAACAGACUGAAGAGCUUCGCUCCUGUAUUGGAAGCCACAGCAAUACGACACAGAAGGGGCAACAGCUGUCUUUUAGGAGAGAAAUGUAUUUCGAGAGACUCUUAAAUGAAAUCUUAAAGGAAAAUGGUUACAGUGCUGAAGCCUGGGAGAAGAUCAGGAACAUAACACAAGCCCAUCUGAGUCGAUGUGAAUUGCUCAUAUCUCCGAGAACUGCCCACUGAAAGUUGUCUC